AUGGAGAAUUCCUACGGUGUGGCGAAUUUUAACAGAUACGCUCUUUUCUUGGACGAUGAGUCCGAUCCUCUUGAUGCGAUAAAAGCUCGAGAGCAAGCAAAAGAGCUUAAAAAAAAAACCAAAGAGGCGGAAAAAGAGAACAAGGGUAAACCCGAAGCUAAACCUAAGGGAGCCAGUGUCGUCACGAGGAAGGGAAUCAAGGAAACUCAAAAUGUGAAGUCUCAAGAAACUAAACCUGGUGAACAACAAAAGAUUAAGGGCCCACCCAGAACAAACGAUCGUAACGCGGAGAGACCGCCGCCGCGCCGUCGCGAGGAGCGCCCACAAAACGGUGCCAUCGAAGGCAAGGAGGGUGCUAGGCCCCCUCGUCGUGAUUUUGGUGAACGAAAGCCUGCCUUCGAGCGUCGUAACUUCGGUGAUAACCCUCCAGCUGAAGGAGGCGAACGGCGCGGGCCGAGGCCCCCGCGUGAACCACGUGACGGUCAACGUGGGCCCCGGCCGGGCUACGAUGGCCGCGGUAAACGUGAGUUUGACAGGAGAUCGGGCUCUGACAAAACGGGCGUGAAGCCAGUCGAUAAACGUGAAGGGGCUGGUCCCCACAACUGGGGCACGAUCAAGGACGACCUGGACGAGUUAAAUAAAACUGGAUCCGAAGGCGAUGUUGCCGAGGAGAAGCCGGCCGACGCCGCUGCCGCCGGUGACGGUCAACAGCCCGAGCCCGCCGAGCGUGCGCCGCCCGCCGAGGAGGAACCGCGUGAGCUCACUCUCGACGAGUACAAGGCGCUGCGGAACGCUCAACGCACUGCACCUCAGUACAACCUGCGUAAAGCUGGCGAGGGCGAGGACUUGAGCCAGUGGAAGAAUCUGGUCAUGCUGGAGAAGAAGAAGGAGGGCGAGAACGAUGACGAUACCGAUGAAGAGUACGACAUGGCAGACUAUCCGCAACGUGUGGGACGCCAGAAGCGCGUGCUGGGCAUCGAGUUCACGUUCAACGACAAUGCGCGGCGCGGCGGCACGGGUGGACGCGGGCGCGGACGUGGACGCGGGCGCGGCCGUGGUAUGCCGCGUGAGGAGGCUCCUCCGGAGGAGCAGCGGCAGCAAGUGGUUCGCAGCCAGGUCGCGCCGCCCAAGGUGGACGACAACAAGGAUUUCCCCUCUCUAAGU